AUGGAGGAUCUACCAACUAUUGGAAUGAAGAGCUUUACUGUCAGUAACGAUGAUAUAGAUUCUUCCCGGAGGGGCGUCGUGGAGGAUCCACCAUUGCCGAUUGCGUCAGGGUUACUGAAGUUUGAUUUCGUGCUCAUGUUUCUUACUCCGGAUAAAUUAGGAAGUUGGGCUUUUGCUGAUUCAGUUCUGCACCGGCUGGCACCUCUCUGGAUUGGGGCACGAGGGCUUCAAUUUACUUGGGAGUACAUAUUCCAAGGACUUGAAGCAAAUGCCAAUCUUGUGAUGACCCUCUCCCUUGCUGCCUUAGGAUCCUUGAUGUGGCUGAGGAAGAACAAACCUAGGACUUUAAUUCCAAUAAUUUAUGCAUGUGCUUUGCUUCUGGCAACAAUGCCAUCUAUCACCAGGUUAUCCCACUAUCACGCUGCAGUAACCCUCAAAGGGAAUAAUUAUCAUGCUCCAACAUAUGUUGAUAUUCUUAUUUCCUUUUUUUAA